AUGUGCGAAAGUCCCCCACUGGAGAACGUACCAUUUUCGGGCAAGACUCUCGCCGUGUAUGCCGCCGGAAUCCACAUCAUCUCUAUUUCUGGCGCGCACAAUCUCGACCUUUGCAAGCGGUGUGGUGCAGCCGAAGUAUUCAAUCACAAGGAUCCUUUGCUCGUUGACAAGAUUGUCCGCGCAGUUCGCAAGGUUGGAAGUGAUUUCUCUGAAAUUUUCGAUGCUAUGGCUACUCUGGAGAAGUACGCCCAUGAUAUCGCCAUUUUUGCCGCUGAUCUACCAGCCAAUGUAAAUGCUGGUAUGAUCUUUACUGUUGAUGACGUCGUAACGGUUGUCUGGAAGGAGUACGUUGAGCCCACGUUGCGGUCAGGAAAGCUCCAGUGCCCUCUGCUCCCGUUCGUCGUCGGCAAGGUGCUGGAGCAUAUUCAAAUUGCGUUGGAAAAAUCCAAGGCAGGAUCGGAAUUUGUUCUCUGGCACGUCUAUAACUUUGAAGACAAGGAGGACGAAAGCUGGAAGAGAUAUUAG